UUUACAAAUUAAAACUACAUUUAGAAAUCACACAUAUUGAAAAAAUUAUAAAAUUAAACAAAAUCCAACUAUUUCGAUAAAAUAUACAAAUUAUAAUUCAAAUAAGAUUCAAUAUUUUUAUCAUUGAGUUGUAGUGGUUUAGAAUCCAUACCCCGAUAUAUAAAAACGACACAUCAAUGACUUUUAUUAAUAUUUUUUAAUUUUAAACCUGAUUUAAUAUAAAAUAGAAUAAAAUGUCUAGAGCUUCACAUAGUGGAUAUGAUAGGCAUAUUACUAUUUUUUCCCCUGAGGGAAAGUUAUUUCAACUUGAAUAUGCUCUCAAGGCUGUGAAGAACUGUAACCUUACUGGCUUAGCUAUUAAAGACGAUUCUGCUAUUGCCGUUGUUGCUCAGAAAAAGCUUCCUGCUCAACAAGGGAACCAGGAUGUUUUGCUGGAUACCUCCAGCGUGACCAGCCUUUAUCACAUUACUGAUGAGAUUUUUGCUCUCCUCGUUGGCUUACCAGGGGACUGUCUGAGUAUACUAUAUAAGGCUAGGCAGGUGGCUUUGGACUAUUCCUAUAAGUACGGAAUUAAUAUUCCUGCCAGUGUUUUGUGCCAGAAACUUUCCGACAUUAACCAAGUUUACACACAACACGCCUAUAUGAGACUACACGCUUGCACUGGACUUAUUUUAUCAAUUGAGCCGGACGUUGGCCCUAAGAUAUACAAAUUUGAUUCCUCUGGGUGGUUUGCAGGAUACAAGGCUUGCGGGAUAGGAGCUAAGGAACAAGAGUCUGAGAACGCACUUGAGAAGACUUUGAAAAGGAGGGAGGCUGUUAGUCUCCAGGACGCUAUGAAAUCCAACCUUCACGUCAACACUGAAGUUCACCAGCUUUCUCAAGGCCAGGAAACAAAAGUAACAAUUGAAGCGCUUAAAUGCAUGAUUGACAUUGACGCAUUUACUAAGGGUCUUGGCGCUUCUAGUAUCGAAGUCGCAGUUGCAUCCAAGGAUAACCCAUUCUUCAGACAACUAUCUGAAGAGGAAAUUGAGACCUAUCUCACCCACAUUACUGAAAGUGAUUAA